AUGACGAUCAGUAAGAACAACAAGAUGAUGGCUCAUCUAAACUUUAGGAUGAAGGUCAUCCUGCAAGAUUCACGUACUUUCGUGGGGUAUUUCAAAGCGUUCGAUAAGCACAUGAAUAUUUUGCUUGCCGAUUGUGAAGAGUUCCGUCAAAUCAAGCCGAAGCCUGGAAAGAAGGUAAGUGUGCUUUACGUGUGGAUGGUAACAUGGUUGAGCAGUGCCAUACAGCGUCGCGCAAAACUUCCCUACUUUUUUGUCUAG